AACUUCACCUUCAGUCCAGUCACAAAAAUUCACAGCUACACAUUUUCGGCAAACGCUUUUGAAAUUUCCUGCUACCUGAACAACUCCUCCAAGAUGCCGCUGGGCAGAAAGUUGGCCAUUGGCUCCGAGGAGGCGCGUCGCCAACGCGCCGAGCUGCGCAUCAGCUAUGGCAACAAGUUGUCCAACAUGAAUCUGGAUCGUUUGCGUAAGCAAACGCAAACACAGACGCAAACGCAUCCCCAUGUCGAGGUCAGUCCAAUGUUGUCACAGAGCCAAGCAAUGGGCACCGCAUCGUUGCGUCGGAUUGCCUCCAGCUUUGCCCAGGUUAGCGAUGUGAAUUGUGGCUCGUAUGCUGCACUGCCGCUGGAGGAUUGCGAGGAUGAUGUGCGCGAGGAGCUCAACGAGGUUCUCAUACGCAGCGAGCCCUUCCAUCUGAUUUCCGCAAAGAAGCCGCCAGCUCACAUCCCAGUCCCAGUCGCAGUUCCAGUGGCCAAGGAGCUGCCAGUGAUCCACCGAGAGCAGAGGAACACUUGCUGCUCGGAUGCCGACCGGCUGAAGUCGCGUGCCUGCGAGCGUUGGAAUCAAAUUGCUGGCACUGUGUCCUCGCUGUUCCGAGUGCGUCGCUAUGAACACGCUCAUCCUUUGGCCGAGCUGCGACGAUUGCGCGAGCAACGCGAUCUGCUCGAGAACUUUACGCGGCCUUUUCUCUAUGAGAAUACCAAGUGAGCUGCCAUGUCGUUGGUCAAGCAAAUAGUCGACACUUGCACUCAUAUUCACAAUUAUUCAUAUUCGUAUUCCAAAUGCAGCUAUUGACAAAAGAAAACUAAUUUUAUGCA